AUCCCAAAUAAGUUUACUGCCUUGUCUUCGAUUUAUCCUCAACUGUGAAUGAUCACCUCCAUAAUUAUUAUUUAGUCGACUUAUUAGUGAUUACAAUAAAACAAUUCGUGUUCUUUUACAGCAAAAACAUUCUACUAGAAAGUGGCUAUACGCCUAUUAUGGAAUCUGAAAAUGGAACUGGAGAUACAAAAAUUUCCGAUUCUGGUUAUUCCAAUAGUAACAGUAAUUCACAGCGAAGUGCUAGUUCGAAGUCUAGACAUAGUGGGAGCAAUUCUAGUAGAAGUAGUGGUUACUGUGGUACAACUAUUCCUGAUACCAGUGAUACUGGAACUCAAGUUCCUAAGCGUUUAAAGGAUAAAGAACACAAAAAGAAAAAACUCAAAUCAACAACUAAUAAUUUUGAUUUAAACAACUUCACUUCCUUGCAAAAUGAAAAAAAUUCAAAGGAUACAUCGAAUGACCAGCCUUUCUCCGAUGCAGAAAUCAUCAUCCCAAGAAUAGUGACAACAGAAGCCGAAGAUGAUAACGGGAAGACCACAGAUGAAACGCCAACACAUUCCAAUUCAAAUUCUGAUUCAAACGAAGAUACAGCGAACGAGAAAGAAGAUCUGAAUACUGAUGAAGAGGAAAAAGCAAAAAAAGAAGAUAAAACUGAAAUUAUUUUCGAAGUAGACGAGAACGAAACUGAUGAGGUAUCAGCAGCAGACAAAAACUAUGAAUUUCAACCAGAGAAUGGAUUCUGCUGUGUAGUUUCCAUCAACGAUGGCGUUGUUCUAUAUACAACAUCAAGCAUAACUCCAGUGUUGGGUUUCCCCAGAGAAAUGUGGCUUGGUAGGUCUUUCAUAGAUUUCGUUCAUCCGAAAGACAGAGAGACUUUUUCUGGUCAAGUCACAAUGGGAAUUGCUUUACCAUUGGUUAAUUUAGAAGAUGUGACAAAUUCUCUUUACAUCUGUUUGAGGAAAUACAGGGGCUUGAAAUCUUCAGGCUUCGGUGUUGUGGAAAAGUCCGUGUCUUAUCAAGCAUUCCAUCUAACAGUGACCUUCAAGAGAGUAAUAGACGCUCCAGAUCACAGAUUUUCAGAUAGCAACUCGAGCAUGUUUCUAGUUGUUGUUGCAGUGCCUCUUCGUUCACCUUACUCAAUACCUGAGGAAAAGAGGAAGUCGACCAAAUUCGGCAUGAAGCACACCCCAAAUUGUUUAUUCAGUCAUGUGGACGAGGAUAUUGUUACAAACUUCGGAUUCAUGCCACAAGACAUAAUUGGAAAGUCUAUUUUCGAUUUCUACCAUCCUGAAGACAUGCCGUUUCUCAAAGAAGUAUACGAAUCAGUAAUGAGGAUGAGUCAAAUUGCUGGAUCGGUAUUCAGAAGUAAACCAUAUCGAUUCGCUGUACAAAAUGGCGGUUUUGCCCUGGUUGAAACCAAGUGGUCUAGCUUCGUUAACCCGUGGUCAAGACGAUUGGAAUUUGUUAUUGGAUUGCAUAGAAUAAUACAGGGUCCUAAAAACCCAGAUGUGUUCGAUCUUGCUAAAGAUGAUGAGAAAAAGCUCAUCUCCGAUGAAGUUUGGAAGAACGCUAAAGUAAUACAAGGCGAAAUUUAUCAGCUAGUCAACAAAGAAAUUGCAAGACCCAAAGAAGUGGCUAAGACCGAAGUUUCAAAACGUUGCAAAGACCUUGCCAAUUUCAUGGAGUCCUUGAUGACAGAAGUGAAGAAAUGCGGCCUCCAAUUGGAAGUACCAAAUGACUCUGACCUCACAGUAUCGGAAAGAGAUUCCGUGAUGCUUGGAGAAAUAUCUCCCCACCAUGAGUACGAGGAUAGCAAGUCUUCCUCAGAGACUCCACCAAGCUACAAUCAACUCAACUAUAACGAAAACAUCGAAAGGUUUUUCCAGAGUAAACCAAAGACUACAGCUUCUGGUGGAAGUGACGAGAGACUUUGUAUAAUGGCCAACAACUAUUUCGACCCAAAAACACCACCUCUUGUUGUUGAUAAUACACACAAUCAAAAGUGCCUUUCACCUGUCCAAAAUAGCACAACCGGAAGUGGAAGUGCUGGUAUCCUGCAAUCAGUGGAAUCCAGAACACAAAGUGCCGAAUCAAGUGAUUCCUUCAUGCCACUUCCCUUAACAGAAGCCAUCCUUCACCAACACAACGAAGACAUGGAAAAAAUUAUGAUCAAGAGACAUAAGGAUAAUCGAUCGACAACCAGAGAGAACAAGAGGAUCUGCGCCAAAGAGAAGGCAGCGGACAAAUUGACAUUUAGCCAUGACACGCCAAAUCCAGAAGAUAAAGAUAAUACGACAAACCACGUCCAAGGCGUGAAAAGAGCAGGAUCCCAUUCUUGUGAAGGUGACAACCCUAAAGUGUCCAAACACAAGCAUCAAAUGAACUCAACAAACAACAGAGGAGCGCCAGAUCUUCCUUCCAACAAUUCACCGCCAAAUAACACAGCCAUACCUCCACAAAAUGUCAUGAACGCUUCGCCUAAUGUGAAUUAUCAGCAACAAGUGAUGAACGAUGUGAACCUGUGGCCACCAUUCUCUAUGGCGCCAAUCCAUAUCCCAGACAUCAAUAACAUUGCAACAACGGCAGGAACAGGAUACAAUUCCGGGAUGUAUCCUGUUUAUUACCUACCACAUCCAGCAAACCCAGUCCAUUAUAUACCUGGGAUGGUAUACCCUAUAUUUGCUGAUCCCCAACCAAUCAUGUGCUUUCCAGUACCUUUUGUACACCCGUCAGUAAUACCAAUACCACAACAAGAAGCUCAAGAAACCAUCACAAUCCCCACAAACAACCAGGAACCUCAGUCAAGUCAAACCUGCGGUGUUACAAACGCUCAAUUUCAAAGAUCUGCCUCUCAAGCCAACAGCGUCAAAGCUGAACCAGGAAGUGGCUUGGGAUCUAUUGCUUCAGCCAGUGUUGCCAACAAGGCCCUGUCAGAAUGUUCUCGUAAAGAUUUAGGCUUACCAUCAGUGUGUUCUCCAAGUUCGCCUCUUGUUAGUGCCACUGCUGGUGAUGGUAACAUGGAAAGUUACACCAUGAGUACAAAGAGCAAAGAUGAAAAAAAAAUUGAUAACGAUUUUCGUGAUAGCAUGACAAUGGAUGAAGGAAGCAGCUAUUACUCUUCUUCCUAUUCCUAUAUGAAGACAGACACCGGCUCUGGUUCUAAUGACGAUUCGAAUACUAUGGAUGUCAAGAAUUUGACCAGUGAUGACAACUCAUGGAGAAAAAACAAGAACUUUCCAAUCAAGAAGAGAGAACCCCCAUGGCUCAGAGCUGUGUCCCUCAGUCCAGAUCUGAUUUACAGAUACCAAAUGGCUGUCAACGAUAUGGAAAACAUCCUGGAGGCUGACCUCAAGGCUCUAAAAGAGAUGAAACAGCCUGAAGCUGUUGAUGAUCAACUGAAUCAGCUGUUUCUGGAGAUGGAAAUGGAUGGAGAGGAAAAGAAAAUUUCCUUGGAUGACGAUGGUUUAGCAUCCAGCAGCGGUAGUGAUGAGCCGUCUUUUUCCAACAUUUCCAAAUGUCAAAAAAGGAAGAAAUCUUACAAUUCGCUAGUGAUGAUCUACGAAGAGGACGCACCAGUUCCACUGCCCGAUAAAUAAAUUCAUCUGAAGGAUUUUUUUCUCGAUUGAAAACGCGUUUAUAUUUUUAUACUUAGAAUUAAUACUAUUCCAUGCAUUAUUUUUGAAAUUUUUUAGUUUUUCUUGCAUGUAAUCAUCGUAUUUACAAAUUUAGCAUUACCUGAAUAUUGUUUAUUCCUAAUUAUCAUGUUGUAUCAAUAUCUUAAGCUUUUCAUAUUCGGUCAUCACUUAUAAGAGGUGUUAAGGAAUGACGUGUUAUUGUAUCAGUUAAAAUGAAUAUGUUGAAGUACAAAGCUCCGGGAAUUGGAUAAUCAGGUUUUUUCCAAAAAAAAUUUUUGGAAAAACGACAGAAGUUGUAUGCUAGGUGUAUUACCAUGAAUAAACUUGUUGAUUAAUAUUAAA